AUGGCAUUGUUGGAAGAGGUGCAUCACUGUGGGCAGGCUUUGAGGUAUCAAAAGAUUUGUACACUUCCAGUGUGCUCUCUACCUCCUGGCUGUGGAUCAAAGUUUGAGCUCUCCGGUCCAGAGAGAUGUCUCAGUGGUUUCACUGGAGGUGUGAGCAUCACUACUCCAGAGCAGACAGUUCAGGAAGCCCAAGGGGAAACUGCGCACCUGCCCUGCAUGUUCACCCUUAGCCCCGAGGACCAAGGACCACUGUACAUUGAGUGGCUUUGGCUUUCAGGACCUAUUAACGAAGUGGUGGACCAUGUGAUUAUUUUGUAUAGCGUUGAUAAAAUUUAUUCUGACUACUACUACGACCUGAAAGGACGAGUCCAUUUUACAACUAAUGAUGUCGCGUCUGGUGAUGCAUCCAUAAAAAUAAGAACCGUUCGGCCUUCAGACAGUGGCACCUAUCAGUGCAGAGUGAAGAAAGCCCCUGGUGUUGCAUCGAAAAACAUUCAGCUGACAGUCGUUAGUUUCACUGGAGGUGUGAGCAUCACUACUCCAGAGCAGACAGUUCAGGAAGCCCAAGGGGAAACUGCGCACCUGCCCUGCAUGUUCACCCUUAGCCCCGAGGACCAAGGACCACUGCACGUUGAGUGGCUUCGGCUUUCAGGACCUAAUAACGAGGUGGUGAAUCGUAUGUUUAUUAUAAGUUUAGCAGACAAAAUUUAUGAUGGCUUCUAUCAAGAUAUGAAAGGGCGUGUGAAGUUUACAAGUAAUGAUCUCCGGUCUGGUGAUGCAUCUAUAAAUAUAACCAAUGUUCAGCUCUCUGACGCUGGCACCUACCAGUGUGAAGUGUUCCACGGCGCCAGUGCUGCUAAGAGGGCCAUUCAGCUGACAGUUGUCGGAAAGGAGUGAAGCCUGGGCCUCAGGCUUCCUAUGAAAAAGCUCUAUGACUGUUCCACACCCCUGGCCCUAGAAUUGCUAAUCAUCUGCCCCAGAGAUCACAUCAAGUUAACUUUUAAUUAAGUUUUGCCAAGUAUUUGAUCCUGCGAAUCUCGU